AACUCCUUUAGGAAAAGAAAACCCCUUUGAACGUACUCGAUUCUUUGAAUAAAAAUCGACGUUAACCCCCAAAAAGCUUUAAAACAACCAUUUUUAAGAAAGAUAUUGAGGUUCCUGAGGUUGAAAUGCAGUUGCAGUUUAACUUGCUGCCUGGAUCGAAGUUCAAUCAUUGAACUGGUGUCUGAAGAGAGGGAGAGAGGGGAAAAAGCACUUUACACCCAUAAUUUCAGUGCGUUGUUCUCUCGGAAGCAUUAAUGUAAAUUGUUUGUGGGUCAAGUCACUGAUGAUUGAAGUGUUUAUUCUUGAUGUCUGCCGCUCUGUCGUAAGGAAUUGAGUGAAAAUGAAGAGCCUGAAAGCAAAGUUCAGGAAGAGUGAUACUCACGAGUGGAGCAAGAACGAUGACCGGUUACUGCAAGCCGUGGAGCAUGGCGACACGGAUAAAGUGUCCUCCCUCCUGGGCAAGAAGGGGAUCAGCCCCACCAAGCUGGACAACGAGGGCAAAUCUGCUCUACAUCUGGCUGCCACAAAGGGCCAGCUGGAGUGUCUGGGAGCAAUGCUCGCUCACGGUGUGGAUGUGAUGGUCCCUGAUGUCUCAGGUCUUAAUGUUUUACACCUUGCAUCAAAGAAUAGCCAUCAAGAAUGUGUGAAGAAGAUUCUUCAGAUAAUCUUACCUGACUCACCAGGAUCUAGUCUGACACGUAAUGAAGGCAGGCGAGGAUGGAGGCAGUGCUUGGAUCCUGCUAUUUUAAGCCGAAAAAACUCCAAAUGCCCAGUGGAAUGUGCUGACACCAAUGGAAGAACAGCUGUACAUCAUGCAGCUUCAGGUGGCUCCGUUUCCAUUGUACAACUCCUGUGUGAGCAGAAAUGUCCCAUCAACACCAAGGAUGUGGAAGGUUUUACGCCAUUGAUCCAGGCUGCCCAGAGCAACCAUGCCGAGGUGUGUCGUUACCUGAUUGAUCAGGGAGCUGACAUUGAUGCCAGAGACAAGAAUGGCAGGACGGCUCUGAUGUUGGCCUGUGAGCACGGCAGUGGGAACGCUGUUGAAAUUUUAGUCAAGAGAGGUGCCGACCUGAAGGUGGUGGAUGCGCUGGGUCACGAUGCUCUUCACUACUACAAGCUAUCGGGAAAUGCGGACAUUCUGAGCUUCCUUCAGGCUGUGCCCAAAGGCCACUCCGAGGAUACGAAAUCUGCACAGACACCAAAGCAGCUGGAUCCAAGCAUUAGAUUCUCUGGCGAUAGAAGUGAAACUCCCAAAAAGCGCAAAGCUCCUCCGCCACCAGUCAGUUCCAUGCAGAGUCCUUUGCCCACUGAUACAUCCACGCCCCAAACCUUCAAUCCUCUUCCGGCAUCAAAGUGCGAGGCAUCGGAAGUGGAAAAGGUGUCUGCUCAGGGAAAGGAGGCAAGCAACGAAGAAAUGAGAAAGCUUCAAGAAGAGAAGGUGAAGUUACUAGAGAUGAUACAAAAUCUAAAUCAGCAGCUCUUAGACAAAAAACACCUGGAGAUGGAAGAAAAUGAUCUAAAACAGCAAGUUUCUUGGAAUAAUGGAGAAAUACCAAUUGACAUGAAAGGUACUGAAAUAGGAACACCUGAGAGAGGCUACGUUGAAGGAUUGGACCAAAUAAAGGCAUUGCAAUCCCAAAUCGCUUCCCUCACAGUGAAAAAUAAUGAGCUCCUGGAUAAACUGCAGGGGCUGGAGUUUCAUCACAGAGAAGAGAACCUGAGCAUAUUGCCAGAGCACGAGCAAUCCCGGGAGAGCCCAGAGACACUGUCGUACGACCAGAAUUUCAACUCCUCCGAUUCCCAUCGAUCGCUCCUAGACAGUUACAAGCAGCUGACGGAAAUGUACAAAGAGGCGCAGGCUGAGAUCACAAGCCUGAAGACCGCCUUGCCUUCCAGGGUCUGGGAUGGCUCGCUGACCCUGGAGGUUUGCGAGAGGCAAAACAGCAGCGAAGGGGAAGCAAAGACUGGGUGUUGUCUGCUGGAAAGUCCACACGAGGCAGUAACCGAGUCCUUGGAGAAGAGCGUGCAGACGACUAUCGAAAUGGCAGAGAACAGUUACUGCCUCCAGCACAAGCUUGAGGAGCUCCAGGACAAGUACGAGGAAGCCAUGACGGAAGUGACCAGGCUCCAGACCCAGAUCCAGCAGACCUUCCUGGCCAGGAAGAGGCCCAACUCCUCGACCAAUGCUGGAGAAGUGGUGGACAUCCGCCAGAAGGAGAUGGAAGAGCUGAAGAGGAAACUUGACGAGGUUUUGGAGGACCGCGAACGGGCCGAGUGCAUGGUGAGCGACCUGGAGGAGAAGCUGGAGGAAAUGGAGAAGGUCCUGGCCAGGAGCAUCUCCGAGGAUGAGUUUGAGGAGUUCAAGCAAAGCCAGAGCUCGCUGCUUGACGAGGUCAACCAGGAGAAGGUUUUGCUGAUCGAGAAGCUCAGGGAGGCGCAGGGAGAGAUCAAGAAGCUACAGGAGAGGCUGAGCCACCAGGGGCUCUCUCAGGAGAAGCAGAACUUCCUGGAGAUGCAGAAAGCCCUGAACCGGACCAUAGACAAGUUGAACCGUCAAGUGGCCGAACUGACUCAGUGGUACAACGAGGCUCAGAGCGAGCUGAAGGAGGUGAAGGGCAAGCAGUUACAAGCGGUGUCCGAGCACAUUAACUCCAGUUACGUCCCCAAGGACCAGCACAAGCAGGCGGUGCGACUGCUGAACGACUCAAUCGGGGAGCUGAAGGACUACCUGUCCGAGGCCGAAGCCAAGCUGGCGGAUGCGGAGAGAGACACGGCCAAACUGCAGAAGGACCUGGAGGUCCAGAGGCAGAGCUCGGUGUGUCUCGCCGAGCACACCCAGAUUGUGGCGUCCCUGGAGAACAUCAUAAAGGCCGCGGAGAGCAAAGCGAGUCAAGCGGUGCAGGAGUUGGAGCGCAAGGAACACGAUCUCCAAAUCCUGCAGCAGGUGACGGCCGAGAACAGCGCCAUCAUCCAGGAGGAGAUGAUCCCCAAGUCGGAGUACGAGAAGCUCAAGGCCUCGUUCAGGGCGGAGCUGAACCGGCUGACGGUGAAGACGGGUGAAGUGCUGAAGGAGCAGGAGAGGGCGUCGGCGGAGAUCACACAAGCCCGGAAGGAAUGCUCGCUGUCCAAGAGCGAGCGGGAGGUGGCUCAAGCCCAGCUGGUGCUCAGAGAGCAGGAACUCACUGAUCUCCGCGCCAAGUGCCGCGAGAUGCAGGACAAUGUUAGCGAGCUGGAGAAGCGUGUUGGAAGCUCCUUAAAGCAGGAGGAGGAUAAGGAGAAAAAGAUUAACGAACUUUACAAGGAAGUAACCAAACUGAAGGAAGCGUUGAACAGCUUGUCCCAACUUUCUUACACCUCAAACAUUCCCAAGAGACAAAACCAGCAGCUUGAGACUCUUCAGCAGCAAACAAAGAAUUUGCAGCACCAGCUUACUGAAGCAAACCAACGACACCAGGAAGUGGUAUCUGUGUAUAGAAUGCAUCUUCUGUAUGCUGUGCAGGGUCAAAUGGACGAAGACGUCCAAAAAGCCCUGAAACAGAUUUUGACCAUGUGCAAGACCCAUACAUUGAAGAAGUGAUGUGCGUAACGGUGCCUCAACAACCGCUGAAAAGUGCCACAGCUGCUGGGACGGAUAUGGGAUAAUGGACCUUUUUAGAUUUGCGAAAAAAAAAAAUUACAGUUUACAAAAGCUCCUUUGUUUUGAUAACUCAAUGAUAUUUAACCACCAUUAUCCUGUACGUUCUUGAAGCAGUAUAGAAAAUAUUAGUAGUUUACCUCUGGCUAUUAAACAUACAAUUCUGUAACCCGUCCAUUCUGUUUGCACCAAAAUAUCCAUGAUGGGAACAGACUGUGGUUAGUGGAGUUGCCAUUAUGUUUUUUUUUCAUCGACUCGUUUAGUUCGUUGCUUAAACAAGAACAUUCAAAGAUUUUGUGUGCUACGUACGUUGAGGUUAAGGCAAUGGUGUUCAUAGCAACCAAUAAGUAUCAUCAGGUAUUUAAUAGUUAUUUUUUACAAUAAAUUCACCGAUUGCAUCCAUUGCCCUGAGAUGAAUUGAACGAGGGAAUGGCGAAUGCAGAAGUGUUAGAUUAGCUCGGAGUGUCUUGUGUUGCUUAUCGUGAUCCAAGGAUGUCAUUGUCACAAGAUGAUAAUAAUGGGGAGCAGGUCGUGAGCAGUGAAAGCAGAGACAUAAGGAAUGUGCCAGAUUUCAGGAUUGAUGUAGACUCUGAGGUACACAUAGAGUAACCUGGAAGUUGGCCUGGAGGAAACGUGCACCAACACUACCUGACGUGCAUCCCAGGUUUCCGUUGGUCAACUUGAAGCAUCUCGAUUACAGGCAAAAUACUCUAUUACGUGAGUUAGAAUUUAAGAAAAUCAACUCUAUUUGUGAUUCAGAUACUAUGUUAAUCUCGUGAUGCAAAUUAGACCUAAUAUGAAGAUGGAUGGAGCAAGUGAGCUGAUGGAUAGAUCGAGUGGGAGUCAUGAGCUGAUAGACUGAGGGCCAAGGGAGGUGUAAGAUGAUUGAUAGACUGAGAAUGUAGUGAGGGAGGUGAGCUGAUAGAUUGAGGAUCAGAGGGGAGAGGAGAGCUGAGUGGGGGAGGUGAGAUAAAGUGGAAGAGAUGCAAGAAAGUGAAUGUUAACAGAGGGACAGAGUGACGUGCUAAUCUCUGCCAUAUUAUUUUUAUAUACAGUAUAUGCCAUCUGCCUUUAAUGCCAUCCUUCCCUGCUUGUUAAUCUUGAUCUGUUCUGCUUCCAACUUUGUCUCCAGUGUCAGCAUUUCCUGCUUUAUCUUUAUCUUUCAGUCUCUGCCUUUAUUGUGACUUGUUUUUCUAUGACUUGGCCCCUCUACACAUUGGCCUCUCUUGCUUUGCCCUAGGAAUUUUUUUUAAAAACUUGGUUUGUGCCAAGAAUAUCUCUGUAUUUUGCGAGGGGUUUGUCACUGCCAUUAGCUGUUUAGAUAACUUUCACAUUCAGCAUCCUUCACUUAAUCCUUAUGUGCCACACAGGCAAAAGUACAUACCACACAAUCACUUGCUAGUCAUUUUGUGUGCAGUGAUAUAUUUGCUUCACGCAAAACACUGCAUGUUAUACUAUACAUCUUCUGGAAAAGGGAUAUUAUAGCCAUGUGAAAAGAAUAAUCACUGUUACCUCUCCAUUAGCCAGUGACCACAAUUGUUUCCCUUAUUUCAGAGAGAUGUAAAUAACUAUUUAGUUAGAUUUUUGACAGCACUGCUGUUUUGUCUCGUACCUUAAAACAUGUUCUGUUAAAUUACCUAUUGGAAUGCAAUUCACUGUAGUAGGGCUAAUGUAGCAGUUCUUUUUAAAUAUAAAAAAAUCCAAAGUCAAACUUUACAAUUGUGCUGAGGGGUUUCUCAAUAAAUGUAAUGAAGUUCAGAGAAACUCCAGCUCAUCUCUGAGCUGUCACCUUGACAGAGAGCGGAGAACUGUUGAUGGACCUUCUGAAGUUUACUGUUAUCGUAUUUGCCUUUUCAGAUAUAACCACGCAUGUAUUUUAAAAAUUGGAAAAACUUGAUAUUUUAAGACAACCUAUUUGCUUCGUUGAGCGAGAAGCAACCUAUUUACUGGCCUUAAACUUUAAUAUUGCAUAUAUUUAUGUGUGCUAUGGAAGGUCCUAUAUCUUAUUUAUAUUGCAGUGUUUCGGGGCUAUUUUCCAUGGGCGAUGACUAGCCAACUGCAAGCUUUCUUGAAGUGAACUAUUUAUAUUGUUAAAAAAACAAGUAUUUGCGAUUCUGAACUGUGCACAGAGCUAAAACAGUGUUACUUCCCCUGUGUCGCAACAGUGCCAGUCAAGUUUUAAAUAUUGAAAUUGAAGCAUGAAAUAAUGAAGGAUUCAUAAAGGUCCUUGCUCUUGUACUUUCAUUAUUAUUAAUAAUAAUAAUAACCCACUGGGAUUGCUUUUUGAUGUUUUGGUGUAAUCGCAUAUCACCCGAUAAUAAUGUGUUUCACCCACAGUCUAUCCACUUUACAAUAUAUUCUGUGAAGCGCUUUGAGAUGGCUCAACUAAGUAAUAAGGCGCUAUAUCAAAUGCAAGGAUUAUUAUUAUUAUAAAUUUACCUAGAAUCAGUUAACAUUUUUCUUAAGAAGGAACAGCCCAUCUGCGUUGUCUAAAAUGGUUCAUAAGUAAUAUUUUUAAAACAGUAGCCUAACAAAAUUGUUCAGUGUCUUGCUUUAUUGCGUCAAUUUCACUUUAAACCAUUGCCAACUGCCGGCCGUGAGACUUUCAAUGGGUUGUACACAGCACGAUGGGAAUGACACAAAACUAUUUUGCUCUUUGUUUGCUUUGAGCUUUAGUUGUUUCACAAGCUGUACUGUACAGUGAGUACUUGUGUGAUUGAAUUUGCUUUCAACUUUCAACUUCGGUGCUGCAGUCAAUGCAUAAGGCAGAUUAAUACGAGCCAUGGAGGAAGAGUUUGUUCUCUAAUUCGAUGCAAUGGUGGACAGGGUGGGAUAUGAAAUAAUGUCUGACUUAGUCCAUGAACCACCUCUCAGUCUGGUAUCUGAAGGUUCUUUUUCUACCUAAAAAGUAAUAUGUAGCAGUGGUUUGCGGAUGCUUGAAUGGCUGAUUUUUAGACCACUUUUGUGUACCGUAUACUGUAUUCGUUACUAGUGAGCAGUGAAUUAUGUAAAGUGUAAGAGAGUGAUACUUUUCUAGGUCAAUGGGUCUUGCAGCAUAGUAAAGCUGAGCAGGUGUACAUAUGUGAGUUUGCUACUCUUAAGACUUUUAAAAUGCUAGCCGAAUCUGUGUAGGGUUCUGUUUGUUAGCAUGGUUAACUGGUAAUAUAUUUUGGUAUGAGCCCGUAUCCAAAGUUGAUGAAACAUUUCCCUCCUACUGCCAAGAGCAUCAAUUCGUGAGAGGAACUCAAUGGGGUGGGGGGGAGAGAAAGGGAGAUAAUACAGUGUGUUCACA